AUGUCACUUUAUCUGAAGAAUUUUCUUCUGACGAUCUUAUAUAAAACCGCAGACCCCACCCUCUCACGUUCCUAUUUCUCAGUCCUGCUUUACUUUCCUCCAUUUUACUUGUCUGCCUUGGAAGGUUCCUCUCCUGUGACCGGGCGAGACAUUGUUCUCUGUGCAUUAAGGGGGAGUCUUGAAGCAGGCCGUUUUGGAACUUCGUAUGAUGGAGAAACUGUUGCAUAUAGUGUUUUUAGUUUACUCAGGGAUUUGGAGUUUCUUUGUUUGUGUGGAAAAAAAGGCCCUGAGAUUCUGCAUCUGCAGCUGCAAUGA